UUGAUGAAAUUUCUUGAAGAACAUGCGGUAAAAAAAAAGUGAAGGUAAAAAGGUUUACAAACUAAAUCAAGGUCCAUAAUUUUCAGUCCAAGAAUAUUACGGAGUACCACUGUACCAGUAUUGUUUAAUCUGUUUUGUUUAAAAAAGGGGUUUAUUAAAUGGAUGAGUACAUGAAAUUGAUUUAUUUCAAUCUGUUUUUUUGCUUGUUUUCUCCACCUUUUUCUCCAUUUCUUGACCACCACCUUCACCUUCACCUCCACUCGCAAUCUCUGCAAUAAUGGCAAUCUGUGCUCAAUCUCCAUUGAAACCCAUCAAUCUCUCUCCUCAUCUCAACCACCCCACCAUUCACAAAUCCCCAUUCACCUGCAACUUUUCUCUCUCCUCCAAACCCACCCCAACUCUCUCCACUGAACCCACCCCUACCCUCACCUCCGUCACCACCUUCGCCCCUGCCACCGUCGCUAACCUCGGCCCUGGUUUCGACUUCCUCGGUUGCGCCGUCGAUGGCCUCGGCGACUUCGUUUCUCUCUCCGUUGACCCUUCUGUUCACCCCGGUCAACUCUCAAUCUCCUCCAUUUCCGGCAACGCUUCUUCCAAACUCUCCAAAGACCCCCUUCUCAACUGCGCUGGUAUCUCCGCUCUUGCCGCCAUGAAACUCCUCAACAUUCGCUCAGUUGGCCUUUCUCUCUCUCUCCAAAAAGGGCUUCCUCUCGGCUCCGGGCUCGGCUCGUCGGCGGCUUCAGCAGCCGCCGCCGCCGUCGCCGUCAACUCCCUCUUCGGCUCACCUCUUACCCACCUCGAGCUUGUCCACGCUGGACUUGAGUCGGAAUCUAAGGUUUCCGGGUAUCACGCCGACAACAUUGCGCCGGCGAUCAUGGGGGGUUUCAUCUUAAUCAGGAGUUACGAGCCGUUAGAUUUGGUGAAACUGGAGUUUCCUGAGGUUAAUGAUUUGUACUUUGUAUUGGUUAGUCCGGAGUUUGAAGCUCCCACGAAGAAGAUGAGAGCGGCAUUGCCGAAAGAGAUUGGGAUGCCGCACCACGUGUGGAACUCUAGCCAGGCGGCUGCGCUGGUGGCGGCAGUGUUGAAGGGUGACGUGGCGGGAUUAGGGAAGGCAAUGUCGUCGGAUAAGGUGGUGGAGCCGACACGGGCGCCGUUGAUUCCUGGGAUGGUGGCGGUGAAGAAGGCGGCGAUUGAAGGGGGAGCGUUCGGGUGUACGAUUAGCGGGGCCGGGCCUACAGCCGUGGCGAUUACGGAUAAAGAGGAGAAGGGGAGAGAGAUUGGGGAAAGAAUGGUGGAAGCAUUUUGGAAGGAAGGAGGAUUGAAAGCUGCUGCUGUUGUUCAGAAGCUUGAUAGGGUGGGUGCUAGAGUUGUUAGCAGUGUUCCCAGAUGAAUGUUGUUUUUUGGGGUAUGUUUUUUCAAAGCUUUUGUAUUUUUUGAUCAGUUUUGAAUGAUUUGUACUUCGUUUGAGAUUAUUUAGGGAAAGGAAAUAAAUCGUAUUUGCUGAGUUGAAUUAGAAUCUGAUGAGCUUUGAGCUCUUCCUCAUAUCAUUGUAGCUGAUUUUUUGUAUUUUCUCUAAUGAUAAUGAUGAUUUCAAGUUUUAUUAAA